CUUCUUCUUCCCACCUUCUCCUAGGACUGGGUGUUGACUGAGGAGUUUUGGGCUUCAAUGGAUGCAAGAAGCAGUAGGAGUUUGGAGAAUGCAGUGAAAAGGGUCUAUCAUGAUCAGCUUGUUCCAAAGAUAAAUACAAGCAAGAAAAUGUCCACCUUAGCACACCCGCCUAACAUCCUGGAAAUGCCACAAGAGAUGAAGAAAAACUGUGGAGAUACACAGGUAAAAAUCACACCUGAAAGAACAAAAAUGACAAAGAGCAUCAAAGAAAAACAAAGCAAUGAUUUAGAGAAAGUGGCCUUUAAACGGAAGGCAGAAGGUGAAGAAAAGCCAGCUGGAAAGAAAGAGGCAAAGAUAAUAGAAGCUGACAAUCAGUUAAUCACCAUGCCUCUGCCGCGCAUCCCCUUAAAGAACAUAAUGGAUGUGGAAAUGAAGCUGGUCUACGUUGAUGAAGAGGGCGUUAGCUAUGAGUUUGUAGAGUCCUUCAUGUCUACUGGGAGUCAGCCAACAUGCCAGACUGCUGAAAUAGGAGACCCUUUGAGUGUACCUAAUUUCAGCUUUCCACCUCAGAUUGACAAAUGGCUUCAGGUAGCCUUAAAGGAUGCCAGCUCUUGCUAUAGACAGAAGAAAUACGCCAUGGCAGCAGGACAGUUCAGAACAGCACUUGAGCUUUGCAGCAAAGGAGCAGCUCUGGAAGAACCAUUUGAAGCACCUGCUGAAGAUAUAGCAAGUGUGGCAAGUUUCAUUGAGACAAAGCUUGUUACCUGCUACCUACGGAUGAGGAAACCAGAUCUUGCCCUGAAUCAUGCACACAGGAGCAUUGUUUUAAACCCAGCGUAUUUCCGGAAUCAUCUACGUCAAGCAGCAGUGUUUAGGUGUCUGGAGAGAUAUUCAGAGGCUGCCCGGAGUGCCAUGAUUGCUGACUACAUGUUCUGGCUUGGUGGAGGAAGUGAACAGAGCAUAAGCAAGCUCAUCAAACUGUAUUGGCAGGCCAUGGUUGAAGAAGCCAUCACCAGAGCUGAAUCUUUCUCGGUUAUGUACACACCAUUUGCGACAAAAAUAAGAGGUGAUAAAAUAGAAAAAGUAAAAGACAUUUUCACAAAAACUCACCCUGCGUAUGCAGAGUAUAUCUACACAGAUCUUCAGGCACUCCACAUGUUGCCUCAGACAGCUGACUGGUCAUCUUUUCCUCCCCAACAAUAUCUCUUGACUCUUGGGUUCAAAAACAAAGAAGAUGGAAAAUUUUUGGAAAAAAUAACAAAUAGGAAGCUGCCGGUAUUCACAGAGCAUAAAACUCCUUUCGGUCUGCUGACCAGAGAAGAUACAGUGAGACAAAUGGAGACAAUGGGGAAGCGAAUCUUGCCAAUAUUGGAUUUUAUUAGAAGCACCCAGCUGAAUGGGCGUUUUCCGGCAUGCUCAGGUGUUGUGGAGAAGUUGCAAUAUGCCAGCCUCCUCAGCCAGCUGCAGAGAGUAAAGGAACAGUCCCAGGUGAUUAAUCAAGCAAUGGCAGAGCUGGCAACCAUUCCCUACCUACAGGACCUCAGUCAACAGGAGGCGGAAUUGCUGCAGUCGCUAAUGGCAGAUGCUAUGGACACCCUUGAAGGAAGAAGAAACGGUAAAGAACGUGCGUGGAAUACAAUCCAAAAGUGUACUCAUUACACCUUUCAUCUUUGGGAGAAGGGCAAAAAUAAAAGUGUCUUUACGUGCAGCUCCGAAGGAAGAUAUGGAUCAUUUAUCCUUCUGAUUAUGACUUUCUUAAAAUGAUACCUGUGGAGAAGGGGACAAGACUGGAAUCUAAAACACACAAAUUCCUUAGCAAAAUAUACCCAUGUCUCUCAGCAUCAUCAAAACUGAAUUGAACUAAUGUGUACUCCACCAAAUGACUUUCUGCUGGAGAAUAGACUGGAGAGGAACGUGAGAUGCUGGUGAGAGAUGCGUGUGGACACAUGCUGGGGGGAUCCUAACUUAGAUGUAGAAUAAAGUAAGGUCUGUCUCUUAUUACAAGGCAUUGGAGAGGCUUUCAGCUUCCAAAGACCUCUUAUGGCAAGAAGGCCCCUUCAGCUUUACAAUAGGUGAUUCACCUUAUCAUAUUGCUAAAGCU